AACUGCCAACGCCAGCACCUCGCCUGCCCUGUGGUAUCAAUGCAAAACAUUUGAAGCGCCUUGGGCCUCGAAAAUGAGUGGAUAAACACUGAGUGGUCGUGCAGAGGGAGGUUGGGAUCGAUAUUUGCAUCUGUCUUGGAUUCAAUGUAGGUUCUGAGAGCCUCCAAACGCCACAGGAUCUUGACUUUGGAGGUCGGCUAUCUGACAUGCUAUCCCCGCGGAGACGAUGCAGUGUUAUGGACGUGCAGACAGUACCGGGCUCUUAUCAAAAUGCCAUGCCUGCGACAAGGAACUGAAAGCGCUGAAGACGCUAGACAUGCGACCGAAGCUGGUGGUCUGAUAAGCAGGAUCCACCAGGUUGGUCCAAUGCGUACAUGCCUCAGAUAAGCCUCGUCCAACCACAGUUUCACGUCUUCAGCUUCGAACCUCAGCUCAAGGGACUUGUGCCAAUCUUGCCUGAAGUCUCAACGCAUUGGACCUUCUGGGUUAUCGAACAUUCAAGUACCAUGAGGCUAGUCCCCCAGGCAAGACAUCACGUCUAUCCCGCGCCAAACAGAACACGCCUCUCUCGAGCGACAGCAUUGCGAUCGGAGGAUCGACGAAUAUCAACUUAUCUCAUCCAUCGAUCCUGGAGGUUGGAUCGACAAUCUAGUCCAAGCACCAGACUUAGGAGAGUUCUAUGAUCGCAUCGAUUAACAAGAAUCGAAGUGACACAACAAUCCUCAGCAGGACCGAAGUGAUUUCUGCCAAAGUCACAAAGUGGUAAGGCCUAGAAUCCCAAUGUAUUUUGCAGGCAGAAACUCCUCGUGAUGAACAUCAGAAGGAUUUCCGAGGCGUGUUGACAAGGUGGGCUGGCCGUGUGUACGUCCAUCUAUUUGAAUACGUUUUGAACCUGGACAGCGCCUCGGAGCUCGUCAUUGAUCGACUGGGGUCAGUUCUAACGAAGAAGAGACCCAUUUUUAUUCCGUUAUCAGCAAGGCCCUGGCCUGAUUUGAGGUGGCUUGUUCAUACGACGAUCCUGAUUUGUCCAGAGUGACCCGAUCUCUGCGAGAGAUCGGCCGCGGAUAUAGUACUUCAGAGAAAGUGUGGUCUCGAACUGCACCUAUACUUUGUCCCCGGAGAAGGACAACAAGACGUCACGUCGAAUUUGCAAGUACACGAGGGGUUCCUGCUCAACCACCCCUUUCCCAGAGGCUAUAUGUACCCUCACACCGCUCCCUCCAGAAACCAAUUUCACACAUCCAGCAUUCCUCCCAAAAGAAACGGAGUCUAGACAAUCCAACAACAGCACUAUCAGAAGGACAACCUACACUUAUCGAGUACGAUGGCUAUGGACUUCGGCUUACCCUUUCGGGCCCCUGAGGUCAACCCUAUCACCUACAAGGCUCGCUCCAUUCCGUUCCUGAACCCGAUCAACAUGUACGGGAGAGUAUUUUUCUUUUCUUGGUUCGGUUUUUUUGUGGCAUUCUGGUCAUGGUACGCGUUUCCUCCUUUGUUGCACGACACCAUCCAAAAAGACCUCAAGUUGACCAAAAUCGAUGUUGCCAACUCCAACAUCAUCGCUCUGUGUGCAACUUUGCUUGUACGUCUCAUCGCGGGCCCGUGCUGCGAUCGUUUCGGGCCUCGCUGGACAUUCACCGGUUGCCUGGUUGUGGGUGCCAUUCCCACAUUUUUGGCUGGAACUGCGUAUACCAAGAGUCAGCUCUUUGCUGUUCGUUUCUUUGUUGGCAUCCUUGGUGGCAGUUUCGUUCCAUGUCAAGUAUGGAGCACUGGCUUCUUUGACAAGAAUGUAGUUGGCACUGCCAACGCCUUCACCGCUGGCUUUGGUAAUGCGGGCGGCGGUGUCACUUAUUUCCUGAUGCCAUCCAUCUAUGAUUCUCUCCUCAGCAAUGGAUUGACCCCUCACACAGCCUGGCGUGUGGCUUUUGUGGUUCCGGGCAUUGUCAUCGUGGCCGUUGCGCUGGGACUUCUUGUGCUUUGUCAGGAUACACCCACUGGCAACUGGAGCGAGCGCCAUCGUGCUGCUGAGUUUCACCUCGCGGCUCAUGGUGUUCAGGCUACCAUUGUUGAUAGGCCCAGUGUCAGCAUUACUGACAAGCCUACUUCGGUAUCUCCAGUCAGUCCGCCAGCGGGCGAGAAGGUGCAAUAUGAUGCCAGUGCCGAACGCAAGAUAUCCGUAUACGCUGACCACGAGGCUCAAAUGACUGAACAACAAAUGCUCGACACGGCUCGUGGCGAAAUUGUUGUGAAGCCUACGCCUAAGGAAGUCGUCAAGGCCAUGUUUGCUCCUCAGACCCUCGUCGUCGCCUUCUGCUACUUCUGCUCUUUCGGUGCCGAACUGUCAAUCAACUCUAUCCUUGGAACAUAUUACCAGAAGAACUUCAAGCAGCUCGGCCAGACCACCUCCGGGCAAUGGGCCGCUAUGUUCGGCUUGCUCAACGUUGUUACUCGCCCCUGUGGAGGCAUCUUCGCAGACCUCCUUUUCAAGCGCUUUCACAACGUCUGGGUGAAGAAGGUCUGGAUCCAUACCCUGGGCGUCAUCACCGGCGUCUUCCUCAUUGUCAUCGGCGUUCUUGACCCGCAUGAUACAAACACGAUGUUCGGCCUCAUCGCCGGGAUGGCUUUCUUCUUGGAGGCGGGCAAUGGAGCCAACUUUGCUCUAGUCCCUCACGUCAAUCCUCAUGCAAAUGGCGUGGUUUCUGGUAUGGCUGGUGGCAUGGGAAAUUUCGGUGGCAUCAUCUUCGCCAUCGUCUUCCGCUAUCAAAAGACCGAUUAUGCGAAGUCAUUCUGGAUCAUCGGUGUCAUCACCAUUGCCAUCAACUUGGCGGUAUGCUGGAUCCCCCCUGUGUCAAAGAAGCAGAUUGGUGGUCGGUAAAGCUGUUGCUCAGGGAGCGCUAGAGAAGGAUUAGGGCUCUGGACCAUCGAGCCUUCGGCCUAUAUAAGCUAGAGACAUGCAUAUAAAGUCUGAGAAUAGUGUGGCUACCACCGCAUCUUCUACGGAAAGUAACGAAG